AAAAUCCUAACUCCGAACUCGUGCACGGUAGAACUUAACCCAUGGAUAGCCUUCUCAGUUCUCAGCCCAAUUUCACACGAAACCAUUCUAGUUCCAAUUUUAGGGAGCGAAACGAAAAACAAAACCGAAAUUAAAAUUAAAAAGUAAAGCAAUCCCCUCUCUCUCUCUCUCUCUCUCUCUCCAGCUAGAGAGAGAACGAGGGAGCGGUUGGACUUUAGGGAUAGAUCUCUCUCUGCUCAAAAUUAGGGCUUGUCUUCCCCCAAAUUCGAUUUCUAUGUUGAGAUCUAAAACCUAGGGUUCCUACCAAAAUGAUAAUCAAGCGCAAUCUCCGAGCUCAAAUGCCGACUCUCAAGCGCUGCAGCGCUCAGGCCUCGGCCUCCUUCGCCUCCGAAGACGACAUCACCGGCGACGACGAAUUCGCAGGCGUCCAAAUACGCCAUAAGCGCCGCAAGCAGAAGGACUUCUUCCCCUUCGAAGCCCUCGGUAACUUCACCGCCGCCUCAAUCCCUUACCUCCCCCUUGAAUUCCGGCGCAAUUUUUUUGAUUUAGGGUUAGCCGUCAGCACUGAGGUCACGUCGCCUCCUCCUCCUAUGCCUCCGCCGCAGGACACCUCUGCGCCGCCGCCGGCGAGGCCUCCGGUUGUGAGGACUUCGAGAGGGCGAGCUCAGGUGCUGCCUUCGAAGUUCAAUGAUUCGGUCCUGAUUGAUCCCUGGAAGAAGGAUAAACCGAAGCCCAAAGGUUUGGACAGCGAAUUGGAAGCUGAAACCGAGGUGGUUGAUGUUAAGGUGAAGGACUGCGGUAGAGAUUUUAGCUACAGAGAUCAGCAUUUGGAAACUUUGUCGAGGGAGGAGGAGUGCUAUCGGGCGUGUAGGAAUUUGAGUGCGAAGAAGCAUUUGACCUCGAGUAGCACUUUGACUUCAAUUCAUGAGGAGAAGUUUGGAGCUCAUUUGGGUUAUUUUGAGGAGGGGAGGCCAAGGAACUGGUACCGGGAGAUAGUUGUGAAUGAAGAUAGGAAAAUUGUGAAGCAGAAUGUUCAAAAAAGGAAAGACUAUUUCUUUCCUGAAGAGUUUAGUUUGGGUGAUAUUGUUUGGGCAAAGUCGGGGAAGAAGUUUCCAGCUUGGCCUGCAGUGGUGAUUGAUCCAAUGCAGCAGGCGCCCGAAUUGGUUCUUGAUUCGUGCAUUCCUGGUACAAUUUGUGUCAUGUUUUUCGGGUACUCUGCAAAUGGAAACGAAAGGGAUUAUGCGUGGGUAAAGCAGGGGAUGAUAUUUCCUUUUACAGAAUAUAUGGACAGGUUUCAGGGGCAGACUCAUUUGUACAAGAGUAAACCGGGAGACUUUCAGAUGGCUAUGGAGGAGGCUUUUCUGGCUGAAAGCGGUUUCUUGGAAAAACAGGUUGAUGAAAGUAAUAAGAGUGGGCAGGCUACAUACCCUAGAGGGAUUCACGCUUGGGAUCAAGUUUACAUGGGGAAAACCUCGACUUUUAGAACAUUAGGUGAUUUAGUUCGGAAGAUGGACGUAAACAAAUCAGGUCCACAUUGUGAAAGUUGUGGGUUGAGUCUUCCAUCUAAAAGGGCAAAGAGACUGAAGCAAGAUAAGCAACAAUUGUUCUGUAGACAUUGCACAAAGCUAUUGAAGUCAAAGCAGUAUUGUGGCAUAUGUAAGAAAAUUUGGCAUCAUACAGAUGGUGGAAGUUGGGUCUGUUGUGAUGGAUGUCAAGUUUGGGUUCAUGCAGAAUGCGACAAAAUAUGUGCUAACAUACAGGAUAUGGAAAGCAGUCCUUAUUUCUGCCCAGAGUGCAAGGCUAAGUUUAAUUUUGAAUUGUCAGAUACAGAGAAGAAGCUGAAGCAAUCACAAGUUAGGUCCGGAAACAAUAUCUGGCAAAGCACAGGGUCAGACAAGAUAAUUGUUUGGUGUUGCGGCAUUGAAGGCACAUAUUUGCCAGAGCAUCAUGUAGUUUCAUGUCAUUGUGGCUCUUGCAAGGGGCAAACUCUACCACCUAGUGAGUGGGAGCGACACACAGGUUCCAAAAGUAAAAGCUGGAAGAGCAGUGUCAAAAUUAAGGGCACAAUGAUUUCCCUUGGAAAAUGGCUAGAUCAUUACAAUACAGUUUCGACAAAUAAUGGAAAACGACCUUCUCUGAAGGUAGGAAAACGAAAGUUGUUCGCUCUUUUACAAGAAGCAUACGAGCCUGUAGAUGCUAAAUGGACUACCGAACGAUGUGCUGUCUGCCGAUGGGUUGAGGACUGGGAUUACAACAAAAUUAUUAUUUGUAACAGAUGUCAAAUAGCUGUCCAUCAGGAGUGCUACGGAGCUAGGAAUGUCCGAGAUUUCACGUCUUGGGUUUGCAGGGCAUGUGAAACACCUAAAUACAAACGGGAGUGUUGCCUUUGCCCUGUAAAAGGAGGUGCUCUGAAGCCAACAGAUGUUGAUACCCUUUGGGUUCAUGUCACAUGUGCCUGGUUUCAACCAGAGGUCUCUUUCAAAAGUGAUGAGAAGAUGGAGCCUGCUGUCGGUGUAUUGAACAUUUCGGCACAGUCCUUUACAAAGGUUUGUGUGAUAUGUAAGCAGAUGCAUGGUUCCUGCAUGCAAUGUUAUAGGUGUUCCACUUAUUAUCACACUAUGUGUGCAUCAAGGGCAGGAUACCGUAUGGAGAUGCACUGUUUGGAAAAAAAUGGGAAGCAGAUAACAAAGAUGGUAUCAUACUGUGCAAAUCACAGGGACCCAAACCCAGAUACUGUUCUCAUUAUACAGACUCCGCGCGGUGUCAUUUCUGCCAAAAAAUUGCUCCAAAAUAAUGAUAAACGGACUGGUUCGAGGUUAAUCCGGAAGGAAAACCUUCAGGAUUCAGCUUCCCCUGCUGUGCAGCAUCCAGGAUCUUCAUCUGCAGCAAGGUGCCAUGUUUACCAAAAGACAGAAACCAAGAGAAAGCGGGAAGAAGUCGUUACUCAUAGAGUAAGGGGUGCCUUCCAUCAUUCUCUGGAAGAAAUUAGAAGUUUGAAUAUACCAAAGGAAGAGAAAGAUCCUAAAUCAUUCUCUACUUUUAGGGAACGCCUUCGUUACUUGCAGUCAACCGAAAAAAGUAGGGUUUGUUUUGGUAGAUCAGGAAUACAUGGAUGGGGCCUUUUUGCGCGUAGGGAUAUUCAAGAAGGAGAAAUGGUUAUUGAGUAUCGCGGUGAGCAGGUCAGACGCAGUGUUGCAGAUCUUAGGGAGGCACGGUAUCGGUUGGAAGGGAAAGAUUGCUAUCUUUUCAAGAUCAGUGAAGAAGUGGUGGUUGAUGCUACCGAUAAAGGAAAUAUAGCACGUCUAAUUAACCACUCGUGCAUGCCCAACUGUUAUGCGAGGAUCAUGAGUGUUGGACAUGAUGAGAGCCGGAUUGUACUCAUAGCUAAGACAAAUGUUCCUGCAGGCGAUGAAUUAACGUAUGAUUACUUGUUUGACCCUGACGAGGCUGAGGAAUGCAAAGUCCCAUGCCUAUGCAAAGCUCCAACUUGCAGGAAAUUCAUGAACUAGGUGUUGUAUACAUUGACAUUGAUUCUUUCAUAUAGGAACCAUUCUUCCCUCGGGCCUCAGCCAUCCUCAAAAAGUUUUUUCCCCGCUGAUAUUGACAGAGUUUUGUAAUUUUUUUUUUUUGCCAAUUUUUUAAAUAAGUUUCAAGCUUAAAAAAAAAAAAAGCUUGGGGCUGCUCGUCGCCUCGUCCUCUUAAUUUGGCGAGGCCAUUGUAUAUCUUGUUACACCCAUGUAUAACGAUUACAUCAAAAUUUCUAAUCAAUGAGUAAUAUACGUUUUACCAACUUUAA